CUGACGCCCCCGUCCGCGUCCGGUUUCUUAUUUAAAUCGGCGAAAUGGUCGGCGGGCAGAGGAAAAAAACCACAAGUCUUCUUGCCAGCUCGCAACCACAACCCUAGUCGCUCCUCACUUCCCAGACGACGGGCUCGAUUCGUUCCUGUGUUCUGUUGGCUUUGCUCAAGCCUGUAUCUUUUACUGCAACACUAUGAACUCCCCUGGUGCUGGAAGGCGGAUUCCGAAGAGGCGACGGACGACUAAGUCUCUUUCACAGCCAUUUGACCUGAACUGCCCCCCUGCUGAAGGGGCUGGUGAGGGGGGUUCACCUUUCAGCAUUGUGCCUGUUUCACACAGCCAGGCUUCCAGCAGUAUGGCUGUCUCACACAGCCAGGCUUCCAGUAGCAUGCCACCUGCUACUAAUGAGCCACAUAUUGGCAUGCAUAGUUGCCCCAUUGAUGUGGAAGCCAUCGAUGAUGAUGUUGUUAUCUAUUCUUCAAGAUCACUCCCUCAAGCAAGACAACAGCUGACCAGGACGGAACGUAUCACUGUGAUAAUUGAUGAUGAUUCUGAAACGAACCCAGAACCAGCAGGGGAUGCUCUUGAUGAGCAUGUGAACACACUGCUAUCCCUGGGCAUAAACCGCAGGCAUCAGCCUCUAAGAGCAACCAGCACUUGCCCUGUAAUAAGUUUAGUGGACACUCCAGAAGUCAACUUCUUCAAGGCACCCCCUGAACCUGUGAAGGAGGUUCCGAAGGAACCAAAGUUCACCUGUCCUAUAUGCAUGAAUGAGCUGACAGAAGCAACAUCCACUGUCUGUGGUCACAUUUUCUGCCAGAAGUGCAUCAAGGCUGCCAUUCAGGCUCAGAAGAAGUGCCCUACCUGCCGAAGGAGCCUUAAUAAAAACCAGCACCACCGGGUAUACCUCCCGACAACGGAGUAAUCCGAUAGUCAUUUUGGAUCAAGUUCUGCAGCACCUGACCUUCACCACAUUGUGGCGAUUGUAUGUCGGAGCUAUUUAGAGAGGCUUAUCGUUAGCAUAGAGUAUUACUGCGAUUUAACAAGUGGUUUUGCCCUCGCAUUUGGGACAUCAUACCAAUCUGUAUCCGCGGUAAAGUAUAUCCUAGUAUCAUCUGGAUGUGGGUGUUGUUAUUAUGGUCGACGCAGUAUCUUAUCCUUUCUGUUUGGGAUGUGAAAUGUAAUGCAAUGUGAAGUUUUGCUGGUCUUGUCA